CCGCGUCUGAUGUUUGAAUGGUUCGUAUACUCAUCUUCGUAGUAUCCACAUUUGAUCUGUUAUCUUAGGAAUUUGUUCAUUUUCUCCGAUUCUAUCAUAAACAGUUGUAUAUUGAGAUAUUUGUCACUUGGCAAGAGUGUGUCGCAUCAGAAGGUUGUGUCAUAUUAGGAUUUCCUUGGGGCAACACAGUGAAAUGUCGCAACGUUCCGGAUGAAAGAGUUGUCGAAACACCAGCCGGAUAAAUUACCAAUUAGUUUAGCACUGACAGGCGUAGGAUAGACAGCCCCGACAUUUUUUAUUCAGUUGUAAUCGAUAUUACCACGUGUAUAAGACGAUUCACCCUGUUGGCAUACUGUAGAUACGUCGAUACAAGAUGGCGGACUAUUACCAGUCCAAGUACUCCGUGGAAGGAGAAAGUGUGGUGGGGAUGUCGUACAGGGCACAACCAGGCCGUGCAGAUAUAUCUGGAUCAACCGAUACUGUUGCUAGCACUGCAAGGAUGGUACCGCCUAGCCAAAUAAAGGCGGAAACUAUUAAAACUGGAGAGAGAGUUGUUGGGUUCACUGAAAUAUUUAGAUUUGCUGACUGCGUUGACAUUCUCAUGAUGUGCGUUGGAACGCUUGGUGCCAUCGUUCACGGUGCUGGUAUUGUAGCAGUAGUAGUGGUACUGGGGGAUAUGAUUGAUCUUUUCAUCACUGACCAGAAGGCCAAAAAUCAAAUUGCCGACCUUCUUGCCACGGGAAACUAUACCAAUGAAUUUGGAAAUGUAACAUUGACGUCGCAGAUGAUCCAGGAUAACACGAAACUUAUUGACCCAAUAGCAAUCGCGCAGAACUCAUCGUUCAACUCCACCUAUCUGGAUACAGACCUGGCUGGAGGAGAGCUCCUUGUUCAGAUGAGAAAAUUUGCGAUAUACUUUUGUAUCAUUGGCGCUGCUGUGUUUGUGUGUGCUUAUGGUCAGGUGGCGUUCUACGUACUGUCAGCUGAACGCCAAGUGAGAAAGGUUAGAACAGCAUUCUUCAGGGCCGUGAUGAGGCAAGAGAUCGGUUGGUAUGACUGCUUGGGAUCAGGGGAGCUCAACACGAGAUUAACCGACGACAUGAACAAAAUUGUAGACGGUAUUGGCGAUAAACUCGGUUCCUUCAUUAUGAUGGUGACAGCCUUUGUUGCCGGCUUUGUCGUUGGAUUUAUCUACGGUUGGAAGUUAACACUGGUUAUUGCUGCAAUAUGUCCCAUCUUAGUUUUGGCAGCACUUAUAUUGGCAAAGAUCAAUUCAGCACUGACUAGUAAAGAGUUGAAGGCAUAUGCCAAGGCUGGGAAGGUAGCAGAAGAGGUCCUUGGCUUCAUACGUACUGUAGCAGCAUUCGGCGGAGAAAAGAAAGAAUGCCAACGGUACGAUGUCAACCUUUUAGACGCCAAGAAAAAGGGCGUCAGAAAAGGAAUGUUGCUAGGUCUUGGCAUGGGCUUUUCAUGGCUCUCAAUCUACGCAGUGUACGCAUUGGGUUUCUGGUACGGUGCGAAACUUAUCAGAGAUGAACCAGUGACAUAUUCUGCAGGAACACUUAUGAUUGUGUUCUUCGCUGUUGUCACCGGGGCCUUUGCCAUUGGGAAUGCUGCUCCCAACCUUCAGGCUCUCACGUCUGCUAGAGGGGCUGCCUUUGCCAUAUUUAAUAUCAUAGACAAUGUGCCAAAGAUUGACAGUAACUCUGAAGAGGGCUUAAAGCCUCGUGGUGUGAUCGGGAAUAUAGAAUUUAAGAAUAUAUACUUUAGGUAUCCGUCUAGACCUGAUGUUCAGGUGUUGAACGGUAUGAACCUGAAGGUGUCCGUGGGUCAAACUGUGGCUCUGGUGGGCUCUAGUGGUUGCGGGAAGAGUACUUCAGUGGCCCUCAUGCAGCGCUUCUAUGACCCUCUCAGUGGAGAUAUAACAAUUGAUGGUAACAACAUUAGAGAUUUAAAUGUGAAAUGGCUGCGACAGCACAUUGGUAUUGUUAGCCAAGAACCCGUCCUCUUUGCCACAACUAUUGCUGAGAAUAUUGCUUAUGGCCGAGAUGGCGUCACACAAGCUGAAAUUGAGAUGGCGGCGAAGGAAGCAAACGCUCAUAAUUUCAUUAUGCAGUUCCCAGACAGAUACAAUACUUUAGUAGGACAACGAGGGGCGCAAAUGAGUGGAGGCCAGAAGCAACGAAUUGCUAUCGCAAGAGCUCUUGUAAGGAACCCCAAGAUUUUACUGCUGGACGAGGCCACAUCUGCUCUCGAUACAGAGAGUGAACGUACGGUGCAAAUAGCUUUAGACAAGGCAAGAGAAGGACGAACCACAAUUGUCAUUGCCCAUAGAUUGUCCACUAUCAGAACAGCUGACCAGAUUUGCGCUUUCAAGGCCGGAGUUGUAGUAGAACAGGGCAACCAUGAGCAGAUGAUGGAAAAGAAGGGAAUUUACUACUCGUUAGUGUCCCUACAGACGAGAAUAAGCCAAGUAGAAGGAGACCAAAAGACAACAGAAGACGACGAUGAUGAAGCUGAGGUAGACAAACAAGUAAUAGAGAAGAAAAUUCCCGAGAAACAACAGCUAAGCAGGGGAGGCAGCUUGAGAAACAGUCUGAGAAACAGUUUGAGGGGACUUAGACGUUUGGCACCUGGCUCUGUAUCUAGGACAGCGAUGUCAGCCGAGGAUGAAGAUGCAAUGGAUGAAAUGGCAGAGGAGGUCAAAACUGACGAAAAUCCAAGUUUCCAGAGAAUAUUACGAAUGAAUGCUCCUGAAUGGCCCUACAUUUUGACUGGAUGUAUAGCUGCUCUUAUCAACGGGGGAGAACAACCAGUAUUUGCUGUCAUAUUUAGUGAACUUCUAAAUGUAUUCACAGACACUGAUCUCAAGAAACAAGAAAGGGACGCUCAAUUGUAUUCACUCAUCUUUGUUGGAAUUGGAGUUGUGAUUUUGUUUACCCAGUGGAUCCAGGGAUACAUGUUUGGUUUAUCAGGAGAACAACUUACUAUGCGACUAAGAGGAAUGACUUUCAAAGCUAUGCUGAGACAAGAGAUUGCUUGGUUCGAUGACCAUACAAACAAUACAGGUGCCUUGUGUACGAGACUUGCAACUGAUGCAUCAAGCGUCCAGGGGGCAACAGGAUCUAGACUUGGAAUGAUUGUACAAAAUAUUGCAAAUAUUGGAACUGGGCUUGUGAUUGCGUUCAUCUUUGGCUGGAAAUUGUCCUUGGUUAUUCUUGCCUUCAUCCCCCUGAUUGUUCUCUGUGGAGCUGUGGAGACCAGAGUCCUCACUGGUGUGGCUAAUAAAGACAAAAAGGCUUUGGAAAAAGCUGGAAAGGUUGCAUUAGAGGCCAUUGAGAACAUUAGAACUGUAGCAGGUUUAACAAGGGAACAGACAUUUUUUGAACUGUACAAUGAAAUGUUGGAAGAACCAUACCAAAACUCCAUCAAGAAGGCUCACAUUUAUGGAGUAGCGUUUAGUUUCUCCCAAGCUGUCAUCUACUUUUCCUGGGCAGCUGCCUUCACAUUUGGUGCUUAUCAGAUUCAGAUUGGAGAAAUGACUUUCGACAAUGUGUUCAAGGUAUUUGCUGCUAUCGUGUUUGGAGCGAUGGCACUUGGUCAGACAGCUGCCUUUGCACCAGACUACAGUAAAGCAAGAAAUGCUGCUGGACGAAUCUUCAAGCUACUCGACAGAACGCCAACGAUUGACAGUCAAUCUGAUGUCGGAACUAAAAUUCACUCUUUCACUGGGGAGAUCGAGUUCACAAAAGUUCGAUUCCGUUACCCCACUCGUCCAGAGGUCCCUAUCCUUCGUGGUCUCAACAUCUCUGUCAAACCUGGAGAGACACUCGCCUUGGUAGGAAGUUCUGGAUGUGGGAAGUCAACUAGUGUGCAACUAAUUGAAAGAUUCUACGACCCACUUUCAGGAAAUGUGUACCUCGACGGACGGCAUGAGAUCAGGGAUGUCCCUCUAGGAUGGCUGAGAAGUCAGAUUGGAAUUGUAUCUCAGGAGCCUACUCUGUUCGAUUGCACCAUUGCGGAGAAUAUUGCCUAUGGGGAUAACUCUAGACAAGUGCCGAUGAAUGAGGUCAUUGACGCCGCCAGAAACUCUAAUAUUCAUAACUUUAUAAUGACACUGCCACAGGGAUAUGAUACAAUGGUUGGUGACAAAGGAACACAGUUGUCCGGAGGCCAGAAACAACGUGUAGCCAUUGCACGUGCCUUGGUUCGAAACCCCCGCAUCCUGUUACUGGAUGAGGCUACUUCUGCUUUAGACACUGAAAGUGAAAAGAUUGUGCAGGAAGCGUUGGACAAGGCAAGAGCUGGCCGCACUUGUGUUGUCAUCGCCCAUCGACUGUCCACUAUACGGGACGCGGACAGGAUUGUUGUCAUUCACAGUGGCAAAGUCGUGGAGAGUGGAAAACAUGACGAACUCAUGGCACUUGAACGACUUUAUUACAAUCUUAAUGUGGCUCAGACCGGUGCUCACUAAUGUUACUCAAUCUAAAGGCAAUUGUGGGAUGUCAUGAGCGGAGACUAACUGAAGUAUUAAUACAAUGAAAGACAUUUAAAAUAUAGUUAUAAAGUGUUAUUAUUUAUAUUGACAAUUUUCAAAGUAGCUUGCACUGAUCCAGGAAGACCAUGGAAUAUAAUGUUUAUUUGAUGGGUUUACAGGAAUAUUAUAAUUUUAAGCAUCCAAGUAGUCUACACAAUUGAAAUGUAUUUAAUUCAAUUUACCAUGACAUUGAAAUAUUGUAAACUGUUUAGAUAAAUCAAUUUCACAAAGUAACUUUUCAUAAUAUUUAUAUUCUCUCUAGCACUUGUUUUUAUUACUUUUUUGUAAGCAUGAUGUUAUUACUCUAGAAUGCAUAAAUGUUAAAGGGUCGUUGAUUUUAUCUCGGGUUUGAAUAGAAUCUGCGUAGUGAUUAACGUAAAACACCUGUUAUAAAUCAGUUUACUUUUCGAAAAAAUGCCCCUUUUUAAUUUUUCGAAGGACGCUUGCUUAUAACUUAUCAUAGUUGAUUUUAUCACGAAAUUCACUCCUAUUGAAAUUGAAACAGUUUUAUCCAAAGAAACUUUGUUAAUUUUAGGAAAACAUUUUCUACACAAUUAUAGUUUUUACAGUGAGGUGCCUUUUGGAGGUGAAAAGUAUAAGAAUCACAAGGGUGAUGGAAAUUGGACUUAACACACAUUUAGGUCAGUGUUUAUAAACUUGCGCCUUAAGGCAAAUAUAUGAGGGCUAUGUUAUCUGAGGUUUUGGAUAUGGGGUAUAUC